UCUCGGCCAGAGCUGAGGGGAGGGGUCUCCAAGAGCGCCUCCAGCAACCCCUCGGGACCUCGGAGGGCUCGGCGGCCCCGCCCCCCGCCCCUAGACAGGCCGCGCGGGCAGGAGGCCGGGCGCCGGGGCGGAGAGAGGCACCUGGGUGGGCCCCGCCGCCCCGAGCCCGCGCCUAGUCUCCCGCGCUCGGCCGCCACAGGCUCGGUCGCCGGCCUGGCCAUGUCCUGGGCCGUGCUCUUUGGCCUUCUGGCCGCGCUGCUGCUGCUGCUGCUGCUGACCCGCCGGCGCACACGGCGACCUGGUGAACCUCCUCUGGACCUGGGCAUUAUCCCCUGGUUAGGCUAUGCCUUGGAGUUUGGAAAAGAUGCUGCCAGCUUCCUCACUAGGAUGAAGGAGAAGCAUGGUGAUAUUUUUACUGUGCUGGUGGGGGGCAGGUACAUCACUGUCCUCCUGGACCCACAUUCCUAUGACUCGGUGGUGUGGGAACCUCGUACCAAGCUGGAUUUCCACGCCUAUGCCGUCUUCCUCAUGGAGAGGAUUUUCGAUGUACAGCUUCCACAUUACAACCCUAGUGAUGAAAAGGCCAAGAUGAAACCAACUCUCCUCCACAGAGACCUCCAGGCGCUCACAGACGCCAUGUAUACCAACCUCCACACCGUCCUGUUGGGCGACACCACAGAAGCGGGCAGUGGCUGGCAUAAGAUGGGUCUCCUCGAUUUCUCCUACAGCUUCCUGCUCAGAGCCGGCUACCUGACUCUGUAUGGAGUUGAGGCACUGCCACGCACCCAUCAGAGCCAGGCCCAGGACCGCGUCCACUCAUCUGACGUCUUCCACACCUUCCGCCAGCUCGACUUGCUGCUCCCCAAACUGGCACGCGGCUCCCUAUCAGUGGGGGACAAGGAUCGGAUGUGCAGAGUCAAAAGUCGCCUGUGGAAGCUGUUGUCCCCAGCCAGGCUGGUCACCCGGGCCCACCGGAGCAACUGGCUGGAGAGUUACCUGCUGCACCUGGAGGAGAUGGGUGUGUCGGAGGAGAUGCAGGCGCGAGCGCUGGUGCUGCAGCUGUGGGCCACACAGGGGAACAUGGGUCCUGCUGCCUUCUGGCUUCUCCUCUUCCUCCUCAAGAAUCCCGAGGCCCUGGCUGCCGUGCGCAAAGAGCUUGAGCAUAUCCUCUGGCGAGCAGAGCAGCCUAUCUUGCAGAUGACUACUCUCCCACAGAAGGUUUUAGACAGCAUGCCAGUACUCGACAGUGUGCUGAGUGAGAGCCUCAGGCUCACAGCUGCACCUUUCAUCACCCGGGAGGUCGUGGUGGACCUGGCCAUGCCCAUGGCAGAUGGGCGGGAAUUCAGCCUGCGACGUGGUGAUCGCCUCCUCCUCUUCCCAUUCCUGAGUCCCCAGAAGGACCCAGACAUCUACACAGACCCAGAGGUAUUUAAAUACAACCGAUUCCUGAACCCUGAUGGAUCAGAGAAGAAAGACUUUUACAAGGAUGGGAGACGACUGAAGAAUUACAGCAUGCCAUGGGGAGCAGGGCACAAUCAGUGCCUGGGGAGGGGUUACGCCAUCAGCAGCAUCAAACAAUUCGUGUUCCUCGUGCUGGUGCACUUUGACCUUGAGCUGAUCAACCCGGACACGGAGAUCCCUGAGUUUGACCUCAGCCGCUACGGCUUUGGGCUGAUGCAGCCGGAACACGAUGUGCCCAUCCGUUACCGCAUCCGGGCGUGAGCUCUGGGAGCAGACGCAGCUCCAUGUGCUGGCUCCACCCAACCUGCCCCCCCGAUCACCCAACUCUCUGUGUCUGCAUCUGGCCUGGGUGCAGAGCUUUGAAUACCCAACAGUGCCAGCAUUAGCACUUUCCUGCUUUUUCCUUAGAAGGUUGGUCCAGGAGAGGAGGAAGAAGGGAAGCUGAGAGAAGGUAUAAUUCCAAAAUGAAGCUCUUUCUGCUCCCGGCUCACCUUGCUCCUCUCACCUCUCGACACCCACGAAAGCUGGGGCAGACAGGGAAGAAUAGGAGUCCUGACUGCUGUGCCCCCAAUUCUCAGAGGGGCCAAGGCCUUAACCACUCAAAGCUGAUGCUGGUCAUAAAAAAACGAAUCGGGACCUAGCAAUGUGUCCCUUGAAAUAAGCUCUGUCUCCAAAGUAUUUUAAACUAGCUGAAGCCAAAGGAGUCUUUAGAAUAUCUGCUUCCCUACAUGUCCCAUUCCCUCAUCUCUCCAUUCACACUGAUACUUGAGAAUAUGCAGGAGGGUUUUCCCGAAGCUGGAACACCCAAGAUACACAUCGUCACCACCUCCUGACACUGGGCUCUGAGGAGUGCAGUUCUCUGUUCCAGACUCAUAGGCUCUAGAUGGGAUGAGCUUUGCCAGUACUGAGACUCAGGUCGGGAAUAAGGAAGACACAGUCCUCACAGGAGGGCCUCAAUGGAAGGAAGCAGCCAGGCUCUUCAGACUGGGCACGCCAAUAAAAGAGAUGUUGGUUUCCUACAUUCUAGCUCAGAAGCUCCAGCUGUGGGCAUGACCAAGUCUGCAGACCUGUUUUGCUUGGCCUACACUUUUUAAAAAAUAAUACAUUAGUUGUUUUCAUAUUAUCUUUGAGAGAGUUGACUCAAAAGGUCUAGCUUCUCUUGAAAAGUCAGAAGAUCUGGCCAUACUGGGCCUAUAUUCCCAAGGGCAACCGUUGACCAGAGCUAAGAAACAGCUACCGCCAUUAUCUGGGGCACGUGCACUCUGGUUCACCAGGGUUUCUACUUGAUGGGAAAUUCUCUUUCUGCUUCUCCAUUCAUUGUAACUCCUGGCCCCUGAAGGCACUCGAGGUUGAGAACCCUGUUCCAUCUCUUAGAAGUGAUGUUUCGGAGAUGACUAGUUCUCAGACCUGUGGUCCAUCCUCCAGGGUGUACCGCCCUUUGAACAAAUAGAUCAAUGAUGAAAACUUGCCUUUCCAUCAGCUUAGGAAACACAGACAGCUCAAAGAGAAAAAUUGCCUAGAAAACUAUUAUGAUGGCAAGUAUUAUUAGUAUUAGGUCCUGUUUUUUGAGGACCCUCUAAAUGCCUGUGACAGGCACAGUAGACAUAGUAUUUCUACUUCUCACAGCAUCUCUGCAAGGAGAGGAUGGUUAUGCCCUUUUUAUAGAUGAGGAAACAGGCUCAGAGCGGUGAAGUGACUGCCCGGGGUUAGACAGCUCAUAAGCUCGUAGAAUUUGGCAAACAGACUUAUUGUCCCAACAGCAAAUGCAUUCCUCAGGCUCAAGAGGGUGCUGGAGGGGCAGAUCUGUUUGACAUCAGAGCCAGAGGCACCCAAGGGUCGAUGCAUCUCAUGAGAUUCAGACACACAUACACACAUAGCUAAGUCCCUUUAGCUUUAACGGAGGAAAAGAGGAGACCUGAGCUCUCCCAAUGUUUCGGAGGUGAGUCUCUUCUCAGAGCAGUGCCAGAGUUUGGGGGCUUUCUUGGCCCUCAGCCUCCAGGUGCUCCCCUUCCCCCCCAGGAUUCCCAGAUAGACACUGUGAUUGGCAGGAGGUGGGAUAUCCCCAGGGAAACCCAUCUUCAUGCCUGAGUGACCCCCCCACUGCUGCCUGCUUCUUAACUCCAUAGGAAAUCAGGGCUGGCAGCCUCCUGUGGGAGGACGGGGCCGGUUUCCAUGGCAACCCUCUGCUGCCUUAUCCUGGCUUGGAAGGGAAGGAAGAAGGCCCGCAAAAAUAGCUGCAGAAGAUCUCUCUGUGAGGCUGCUACCCUGGUGUGCUGGGGAAAAGCCCUUAUGACUCCCCUCUUCCAAAUCAGGGCUGCUUUGUCACUGAGACAAUUCUUACCUAUGUUCAAAAAAGAGCCAAUCGCCUUUAAAGGCGGUACCUCCUUGCAGCCACAAUCAUUAAGAAGAGACAGUUCUCCCCUGGUGCCAGAGGUAUUGAAGUACAGCAUAGGAGACAAUGAUUUAAGCCUUCCCUUGUUUUAAUCUUUCUUUUUCUUUCUUCUUUUAAAAAAUAUAACUUACAGAGAAAAGAGGGAAAGAUGAGUGGGUUAGCUCCUUGCUAUAGGUUCAUUAGGAAGGUACCCAGACGUCUUUGUAUUUCUUCAUAGCUUGCUUUAGAAUCAUGAAAUUGCAAGAUGUGUUAGAAACACUCUUAGGUUGACUUAAUGAAGUGUUUCCUUACCAUCGUCGUUAUUAUUAUUUUUUGCUAUAUUUUAUAUGUUGUUUACCAGAUAUUUUCCUUUAACCAGACUCAUUUUUUUAAACUUAUAUUUGUUCAUAAAGGGAACCUUUUUUUUGAUUGCUGACAGUAAUGGACAACAUGUAUCAUUUGUUGCCAAAAAUAGAAAGUGACUGUGAAAAAUAAAUUCUCUGGGGAGGGGGUCUCCAUGCUGGUGUCGCCAAGGCUCAGAGCCUGAGAUCUGUGUCUUCUCUGUUACAAAAUGAGACGAGCAAGUGUUUGAGAGGCAUUAAAGCCAGGCCAGCACCACCCUGAGACUUUCUCCUUGACAGUCACAAGUUGAAAAGGACAGGAGAAGGAGUAAGCUGCUCUCCACGUGGGUCACCUGUACAUUACGCCUGGUCUGAGUGCCAACCAGAGUCUCUGCCACUAGUGGCCCUCAAGCAAAGUGAGCUGGUGACAUCCCACCUGCUCAUUCUCCAGGUGGAGAAACAGUCUCUGAGAGUUGAAGUGUCUUGCCAAAAGUCAUUGAUUUUGAUGUUGUUUGUUUUUUUAUUUUUUUAACAAGCAUACUGUUUGGUGAGUAGCAGUGAUUAUUAUGCUUGCUGUUUAAAUAAAGAGUUCUAUUUUCAUAUAAUAUUGUCGAGUGGAAAUGUGCUGAAAUAUAUUAAACCAUUCUUGUAUUUGGAA